CGAUUUGUCCUGUGGUGUCGGCUUGGUAGCCACCGAAUUCUUCGCCACAGGCUUCUGAUCUUCUGACAGGUCGUCUGGGCUGGUUUUAUCUGUGUGUCGACAAUAAUACAGUCAACCUCUCAAGCAACAUGCAAGGAUGUGUUUUUAAUGUCUUUUUAAAUACAAGUAACUUACGACUUACGACCGGGAUCGGUUCCGACCUACCGGUCGUAAGUCAGAUUGAAUCCUCGACAGGGUCCAUUUUAGCUGUGUUCUGUAACUGGGAACCAGGCCCCUGGUGGCUCUCGUCCUUCCGAGGGUUGAGUUCCACGUUGCCAUGAAGCUGAUCGAGAACUGCUUGGACGAUGGGAACCAUCAUGGCUGUGGUUGCGGUGUUGCUGAUCCACAUGGACAAGAAGGCGGUCACACUCAUGAAGCCCAGCAUCAGCCUACGCCACAGACAGUGUCAGGUGAGCAUGUGAUACAAAGGUCACAGAGGGCGGUGUCACUCACAGGGCCGGUCGGACGCCCACCAGCAGGAGAACCCGCAGUGCAAUUCUUUUGUGAAGAUUCCAGUGUUCGACGGCGAUGGCAACCAUGAGGCCGCCGACGAACAGCAUGUUGGUGUCUUUCAGAAUUAAUUCGAGGUGAAUUGAUGUCCUGCCAUCGCGACCUCCUCCUCCGAUGGACGGGGCGCGCGUCCCCGCGGAGUGGGCGCGGUCUCGCCCCUGUAGAGCGACGUGGAUCCGCGCGUCCGAAGGAAGGAUGAAGAGGUCAAUGUUCUUACUUCUUCUGCUCCUCAGUGUGAGCCUCAGUCACGCCCAGUCAGAUGCGGGCGGUGAGGAGGCAGCGGGUGAAGAGGAACACGUGGAGCUUUUCACAACGCCCACAACCAAGAUGGCCGCCGCCACCUCCGACUUUGGCUACAACUUAUUCCGUGCUCUGGCACGAAGCAACCCGACCGCUAACAUCUUCCUGUCGCCCAUCAGCGUCUCUGCGGUUCUGACCCAGCUGUCCCUCGGAGCUUCCGCACAUGCUCAGUCGCAGCUGUUUCGGGCACUGAGGUAUCACAACCUGCAGGAUGCGGGGCUUCACAACACCCUGAAAGAUCUGCUGGCGUCUCUGCGCUCAGGAGCAAAGGGCCUGAGCUACGCCGCCCGCAUCUACCUGGCUCGACGUCUGCGUCUGAAGCAGGACUUCUUCCAGCUGGUGGAGCAGCAGUAUGGAGUCAGACCCAAACCUCUCCAGGGGGGCAGCAAGGACCUGAAAGAGAUCAAUGACUGGGUGUCGCAGCAAACGGAUGCCAAGGUGCAGCGCUUCCUGUCCAAGCCCCUCCCUAGAAACUCUGGCGUUAACACUGUGAGCGCCUCCUAUUUCAAAGGGAAGUGGGUGACCCGCUUCGGCCAGACCGGUGUAAUGGACAACUUCCAGCUGGACAGCGGUGCCUCAGUUCGCGUUCCCAUGAUGCAACAGGACAACUACCCAGUGAAGAUGGGGGUGGACCCGGAUCUCCGCUGCACAAUAGCUCAGAUCCAGAUGCAAAACGACGUCAGCAUGUUUGUGUUCCUGCCCGAGGACGUGACCUCCAACAUGACCCUCUUGGUGGAAACUCUGACUGCGGAGUUUGUGCAGGAUCUCUCCAUGACUCUGCUUCCUGCCCAGGUGGCGCUCUCACUGCCCACGCUGAGGCUGAGCUACUCCACCGACUUGCUGCCGCUGCUCGGGGACAUCGGUCUCGCGGAGUGGCUGGCCAACACAGACCUGGAGAGGAUCUCUCUACAGCCUGCCAAGCUCAGCAGUGUCAAUCAUAAAGUUGUCCUGGAGACAGCCCCAGAAGGGAACCAGUACCCCAGCACAGCAACCACGGCCCACUCCCUGUCCUACCGAGUGGACCGCCCCUUCCUGUUUCUGAUCAGAGACGAGUCCUCGGGGGCGCUGCUCUUCAUCGGCCAAGUCGUCAACCCAAAGGACCUGACCAUGUAACACGUCCACCUUUAAUGUGAGGGUCAGGCUCAGAACCUGUCCUCAGAAAGCAGCGGUCAAAGGGGCGGACGCACUCUUAGCAGGUCCUAGGAGGGAGCUGGAGAUGGAAAAGAAUCCAGGCUUUAUAAAACUUUCAAUCGGAUUAUGAGCAGUGUUUCAAAAAUAAAG